AUGUAUUGUACUUACGGCAAUAAAAUGAUCGACAGGUCCUGGCACCAACUUUCAAGCCACGCCACGAUUGGCUUCGUCCGACAUUGCUACCUCCCGAAGUCACACAUACCUCACGCUUGGGCUCAGCUUCAGUCCCAAGCAAAGCAAGCAAGCACCCUAAGCAGCAUUUGCUCCGGUCUUGGUCCUCUGUUGCCAGGCCGCGGUUGUGUACAGAAAUCCGAAAAUUGUUGUCAAUGGUCUAGGAAGUUCCGCCAAGCUACUAUCUUGUCCCGAGAGCAAAGCCCCCCACUGGAAUUCGGGGAACUCAAGCCCCGCUCCGAGCGGCGGAACAAGUUGAAAAUUGUAUAUUCAUUCUCUGGACAGAGUAGACUAUGUACAGUUACCUUUCCUUGA